AUUUUAGCGGUUCAGCUACGGUCACACUAAAUGCGGUAAAAUUUUAACGCGGAAUUAAAGCAAAGGACGCCAGGAAUCGGUAAACCGCAACGCAUUGAAAUGUACGUGAAGAAGCUUGUGCUUGAUGGCUUCAAGUCCUACGGUCGGCGUACGGAAAUUGAAGGAUUCGAUCCGGAGUUUACGGCCAUCACGGGUUUGAACGGCUCCGGCAAAUCAAACAUCUUGGACAGCAUCUGUUUCGUGCUGGGAAUCAGUAAUCUUCAGAAUGUGCGCGCCUCAGCUCUCCAGGACUUGGUGUACAAAAACGGACAGGCGGGCAUCACCAAGGCCACUGUUACCAUCGUGUUCGACAACACAAACGCCGCUCAGUGCCCGCAGGGCUACGAGAAGUGCCGGGAGAUCUCUGUGGCCCGCCAGGUCGUCGUCGGCGGCAAGAACAAGUUCCUUAUCAAUGGCAAACUAGUGCAGAACAAGAAAGUGCAGGACUUUUUCUGCUCGAUCCAGUUGAACGUCAACAACCCGAACUUCCUCAUUAUGCAGGGCAAGAUCCAGCAAGUCCUGAACAUGAAGCCCAAGGAUGUUCUGUCCAUGGUGGAGGAGGCAGCAGGUACCAGUCAGUACAAAACAAAGCGAGACGCCACCAAAACCCUUAUCGAAAAAAAGGAGACCAGAGUGCGGGAAACCAAGGCUUUGCUAGACGAGGAAGUGCUGCCCAAGCUGGUUAAACUUCGCCAGGAGCGUUCUGUCUACCAGGAAUAUCAGAAAAUCUGCCGUGACAUUGACUUCCUGAUCAGGAUCCACAUUUCCGCCAAGUAUCUCAAGCAAUGCGAAACCCUGAAAACGGUGGAGGCCAAUGAGAAGAAAAUUGAGGAUCGUAUAGCCAACUGCAAGGCCACACAGGCCAACAAUCUAAAGGAAGUCGAGACCAUUGAUAGCUCCGUGAAUGAGAUGCAGCAGCAGAUUGAUGCAAAAAUGGGUGGCUCCAUCAAAGAACUGGAAACGCAGCUUAAUGAGAAGCAGAAACUGCGGGCUACUGCCUCGGGUAGUUUAAACACUGCCCAGGCAAGAAUUAAACAGGAUGAGACAAAGAUUCGCAUAGCCUUAAAAAAUAUAGAGGAUGAUGUACGUGCCCUCACUAAAAAACAGGCGGACAUGGCCAAGCUUAAAGACGAGUUUGAAAGCCUGAAAGAAGCCGAUGCCACGGACUCCAAAGCGUAUGAGGAUGCUAAAAAGAAGCUAGAGGCUGUCUCACAGGGACUGUCCACUAACGAAGACGGUCAGGCCUCAACACUACAAGAACAGUUGAGGGCGGCAAAUAUACAGUUCAGUGAGGCACAAGCCACCAUCAAGACCUCUGAGAAUGAGCUGCGCCACACGCGAGGUGUCUUAAAGCAGAAAGAAGGGGAGAUACAGACCAACGAUGCCGCCUACAUAAAGGAUAAGAGUCUACAUGACCAGUUGGUGGUGGAGAUCAAGAACCUAGAACGGCAGCUGCAAGGGCUCAACUAUGAGGGCGGUCAGUUUGAGCAGCUGAAACAGCGUCGAAAUGAUCUACACAUGCGCAAACGCGAAAUCAAACGGAAACUGGAUGGCUGCAAUGCUUCCCGCUAUGAUCUGCAGUACCAGGACCCAGAGCCAAACUUUGAUCGGCGCAAGGUGCGCGGUAUGGUGGGCAAAUUGUUCAAGGUCAAAGACAUGAUGAACUCCAUGGCUCUUGUGAUGACGGCAGGAGGAAAUUUAUACAGCUACGUGACUGACGACGAUGUUACCUGCAAAAGAAUCCUGCAGAGGGGCAACCUUCAGCGCCGUGUCACAUUUAUUCCCAUCAAUAAGAUUCAGUCGGGCUCGCUCAAUAGAAAUGUCGUGGAAUACGCUCAGAACAAAGUUGGUGCCGAAAACGUUCAGUGGGCCAUGUCGUUGAUCAACUACGAUCGCUGCUAUGAACCUGUGAUGAAGUAUUGCUUUGGUGGAACCCUUAUCUGCAGGGAUCUUGAAAUCGCCAAACAGAUUAGCUACGAUCCGCGUAUUAAUUGCCGAUCUGUGACUUUGGAAGGAGAUGUAGUUGAUCCCCAUGGCACUGUAUCCGGAGGUGCUGCUCCCAAGGGUGCUAAUGUGCUGGAGGAACUGUAUUCUAUCAACAAAAUUGAAAGGGAGUACAGGGAGAUCGACUCAGAGAUCUCGCAAGUUGAAGAGGAAAUGGCAUCUAUUGAAAACCUAGCCCACUCGUUUAACAAGAUGAAAGAGAACCUGGAAUUGCGUCAGCAUGAGCUUACUGAGUGCCAGAGCAAGUUGGCCCAAACGACCUUUCAACGAAAUCAGGCGGAAAUAGAAGAGAUAAAGGAGAGAGUCAAGACUCUGGAGCAGCAAAGUGUAGACGCCCGGGAGAAGCAGAAGACCUCGCAGGCCAAAAUCAAGGAAAUCGAGGCCAAGUUGGCAGACUCCAAAAGCUAUCGCGAACGAGAGCUAAAAGCUGCUACCAGCGAAGUUAAUGCCACCAAGCAGCGGGCGGAGAAAUCCCAGGCAAAUUGGAAGAAACGAGAGCAGGAGUUUGAAACUCGUCAGUUGGAGAUAAAGGAACUGCAGAAAACUAUCGAAACAGCAAAGCAACAGCAUCAGGAGAUGAUUGACAACCUGGAAGAAUUCAAGGCCGACCUGGACGCCUUGAAAGCGAACAGCUCCAGUGCUGCUUCCGAGGUAGCAGAGCUGGAGCAGGCCAUAAAGAUGCAGAGGGACAAACUAAACGCCCAGAACAAUGAGAUGCAAAAUCUGAUGGUCAAGAAGCGCAAACUGCUGGAACAGAAUGAGAAAAUUGUGCUAGAGGUGAAGAAGAAGGAAAGUGACCAGAAAGAUAUCAUUUCGCAGGCCAAGGAGGCAAAGAAACGAAUGGAAACUCUCGAGACGAAAUACCCCUGGAUCCCAGAGGAGAAGAACUGCUUUGGCAUGAAGAACACCCGGUACGACUACAGCAAGGAGGAUCCCCACGAGGCCGGCAAUAAGCUGGCGAAGAUGCAGGAAAAGAAGGACAAAAUGGAGUUGAGCCUCAAUAUGAACGCCAUCAUGGUGCUGGACCGCGAGGAGGAGAACUUCAAGGAAACCGAACGCCGCCGAAACAUUGUGGCGAUGGACAAGGAAAAGAUCAAGAAAAUCAUUGUGAAGAUGGACGAGGAAGAGCAGGAUCAGCUGAACCGAGCGGCUGCUGAGGUGAACACGAACUUUAGCGGAAUCUUUAGCUCCCUUCUACCAGGAUCCGAUGCCAAACUCAAUCCCGUUCAUACCAAUGGCUGCUUGACGGGCUUGGAGAUCAAGGUGGGCUUCAAUGGAGUGUGGAAGGAGAGUCUGGGUGAGCUUUCCGGUGGCCAAAAGUCGCUGGUGGCCUUAUCUCUUGUUCUAGCCAUGCUGAAGUUUUCUCCGGCUCCCCUGUACAUUUUGGAUGAGGUGGACGCCGCUCUGGACAUGUCGCACACGCAGAACAUUGGCAGCAUGCUGAAGAAGCACUUCACCAACUCGCAGUUCUUAAUAGUGUCCCUCAAGGAUGGUCUCUUCAAUCAUGCCAACGUAUUAUUCCGCACACUUUUUGAGGAGGGCGUGUCCACCAUCACCAGGCAGGUCAGCAGGCAGGCGACCACCAACAAACGCUGAUCAUGGACUCGUAUUAUUUAUUAUUUUUAAGAAAUCUCCAAUUCUUAAACAUUUCCUUUUCAUUUUGGUGAAAGUUGGACCGAUUCGAAUAUUUCCUGCUUAUUUUUACUUUGUACCAAGUGUAUUGGCAUUCAAAGGAUCCACUUUUUUAGCUUUGGCUCCAUUGUUAAACAUCCAUCAGUUUAUUACAUGAUUAAAGUUUAAAUUUGUCUAUAAAA